AUGGGAAAAGUUGAAAAAAUGAAAGUAGUAGGUAAGGUAGUAGCUAGUAUUUUAAAGGAAUUAAGGAAAGCAAUUCGUCCUGGAGUUUCUGGUAAAGAUUUGGAAAAGUUUGCCCGUGACUUGAUGGAAAAAAAGGGAGUUUUUUCUUCUACUUUAGGCUAUCGAGAUUUUCCGGCGGCUAUUUGUGUUUCUUUGAAUAGCGCGUUAACUCAUGGUAUACCUGAUGAAAGAGUCUUUAAGAAAGGGGAUGUAGUGUCGGUUGAUGUGGCGUGCUAUCAGAAAGAUGAAGAAGGGGUAAACUAUCAUGCUGAUGCUGCUUUGACUGUUGUGGUUGGUGAAGGAAACAAAAAGAUUAAAAACUUAUUAAAAGUUGCUAAAAAUAGUUUAUAUUACGUUAUCCAAAAUAUUCGCCCUAAUAUUACUACUACUCAAGAUAUUGGAGCAAUGUUAGAGAAAUACAUUCGGGCGCGAGAUUAUUUUCCUAUUAAAGAAUAUGGAGGACAUGGAAUUGGUGAGUCCAUGCAUCAAGAGCCAUUUAUUCCUAACUAUAAGAUUUCUAAUAAAGGACAGGUUAUCCAGGAAGGAAUGUUCAUUUGUAUUGAACCAUUAGUUCAAGAAAAUGAUGACCAAGUAAUUACUGCCCCUGAUAACUGA